AUGUCGCAAUCAUCAGGCAACACCAUCGACCUAAAUACUCUUCCCGCGCAGCAACUCUCCGCACUGCAACAGCGCCUCUCACAGGAACUCGAGCACCUGAGCACGUCCUACCAACGCCUGCGCGCGGCCCAGUCGCGCUUCAGAGACUGCAUCCGCAGCAUCCAAGACGGCAUACAAGGCAAGAGCGGAGAAACACCCCUCCUCAUCCCGCUCACAACCUCACUAUACGUGCCCGGCACGCUGGCGAACCCGUCCCCCUCGCCGUCUUCCACGGCGAACAGCAAGACCACAAGCGCCGGCGCAACCGCGACCGUCCUCGUCGACGUGGGCACCGGCUUCUACGUCGAGAAGUCCACCGCCGACGCCGUCAAGUUCUAUACCGAGAAAAUCGACGAUUUGAGUCGCAAUCUUGCGGAUAUUGAGAAGGUGGUUGCAGGCAAGAAUGAUAACCUGAAGGUUGUUGAGGAUGUGCUACGCCAGAAAAUGUUGACGGAGGGUCAGGGUGGUGGUGGUGGUUCGAGGGCUGGUCAGUCGGUGCAGGCCAGUGCUGGAUAA